AUGGCGGGCAUGGAGGGCGACGAUGCCGGCGCUGUCUUGGAUCAUAUCGUCACCCAGUUUAGCACUUACGAGGAGUAUUUGGAUUCUCAGAUCACCACCCAGGACCUCUUUUACCUGGAGAAUGAAGAAAUGGCCCGCCAAUUGGUAGAGCUGGGUUUUCGAGGAAGUGGAGAAGUCUUGAAAAGGGAAGAUUUCAUCGCCAGGAAAUUAGCUGCCGAAGCAUCCAGGAUCUCGGAGAGACAACAGCAGAAAAUUUUGUCAAGCGCUGGGAAAGAGUUGAAAGAUAAUUUUCUGACGGCUUUGGCAGAGAGGGAAGAAGCCAACCGUAAUGGGAAAGUCUCUUCCAUAAUCUUCAUUCGUGAUCGAAAUGCCCGCGGCCAGGAGGUCUCUGCCUAUAUUGAUUAUGCCCAUCGUUUGAAGGUGGAUGAAUUCGAUGUCUAUUUCAGCGGAAAAAAGAAACUUUUCCCCAGGCGCAGCGAUCUGAGCUAUUAUAACUGGGACCGAAACCUCUGCUGCAUGAAUUCAAGCCCAAACUACCAGGUGGUUGCAGAAAACGCAUGUGGCUUACUCUUUAAGAACAAGUCUGACAGGAAGAUCAUUAAUGUGGAUCCCAAGGCAUUUCCCGGAGACAACACAACACGGAUUCCAAUCAAAACAGACCUCUACCUGCAAGUCGUUAUCUAUGACCAUGUUCUCAGAAGAAAAAUCUAACGGUCAGUUCUCAUGAGGAAUUAGAUGCAUUGGCAGAAAUCUUUGAUCUACCCUCGGAGGCCCUUGGACAGCCGUCCAAGAUCCAAAUGAAACAAGCAUUGAGAUUGCAAACUUAAAUCGCAAGUUCUUUGCAGGAUGCUGUCCUGUGGCUAUUCAUUAUAGACAAUACCAGUGCUAACUGAUGUAUGAUGUACCACUUACACAAUGGCAAAAGAAUAUGUCCGAAUUUGUCUGCCAAGGCACGAAAUGAAGAAUUAAAUGGAAAUUGCUGCAGGAUGCCAAAGAAACAAGGGUUUAGGGUUAUAAGACUUCAAAUUAUAUUUUGUAGCUUUUUGUUUGGAGUGAGUGACUUUGAGAAAUAGGAGAAACAUGAUUUAAGAUUUGGCUGGCACAGCUACUUAUGGUAUAAUAAAGUUAAGGUCAAUUUAAGUUUUAAAAAUCAUUUCAUUAGAUGGAGCAUAAUGUGAAUCUGAAAUAAGUAGAAGGCAAGAUUGUCUCCUAAAAUCCCAUUAUGGUUGUCACUUCAAGAAGGUUUUUAUAGAAGAAAAAUUGUAGUUAAACAAACUAAUUAAUUUAUGUUGAUAUACUGAUUUUUUUUCCUCAAGGAGAAUUUAAGUUAAAAAGAAGACUUGGAAUUGGAAGGUUAUACAUGUCAUUGGUUUUUCUGUGUUCGGCUAAUGCAAAGAUUUAAAUUUGAUAAAGAGUUAUGAGUCUGAAAAUGGUAAGAGUCAUGUAGAAUUGUGUACAAAUGAUGAUCAUAUUACUGUUAAAUGGAACAAACUUUUACUGAAAAUGGAAACAGAGGAUGGACAGGUUAAAGAUGAUGUGAUAAAAUUGGCAAAAAAGAAAUAGGCGAAUAUGUAGGAAAAAAAGGUUAAAUGUACACUGUAUUAUAAUCUUAAAGUGAACUUUGG